AUGGGCUUCACGGCGCUGAGUCGCGCCACGUCUAAUAAGCACGUCCGAUGUGUCGAGGCAAUCAGGCAGCAUCUCAAGGAGCUCAGCGCACGCGCCAUGCUCGACGAGGGGUGCAUUGAGCUCAUGCAUAGCGGGCAGACAGCCGGCCAGGCCGGGAUCAAGCCCUACCGCGUGCAGAUCCUCGAGAUCAAGCCGACACAGGCGGACCGCUACCGCGUCAUCAUCUCGGACGGCCGGCACUACAUGCAGGCGCGCCACUUGGCCCCGCCGCCUCCAGCCUCACCCGAACCGGCUACCGCUCCGCAGCGUUGCCGCCGCCGGAAGCCGCGCACGCGCUGCACGCAAUUGACCGUGCCGCGAUUCGCUUUGGCGCAGGCGAUGCUCUCCGCCACGCUGAGCCCGAUGCUUCAGGGAGUUGGGAUCCGCGCGCUGAGCAUCGUUCGCAUCGACAACCACGUCAUGAACACCGUCAUCCUCAUCUUGCAGUUCGCGCUGAUCUCGAACGACCAGCCGCAGAUCGGCCUCCCGCAACAGUCGUUCCCCGCGCCACCGAGUGAUGCGGAGGAGAGCAAGAAGGCCAGAAAGAAGAAGAAGAAGGCGGGCAGCAGCGGCGAGGCGGGGCCUUCGUCGCAGGAGUGCGAGCUGCAGGCGCCGGCGGAGGAGGCGUCUACGGCGGAGGCGGCGGCGGCGGCGGCGACGGCAGCUGUGGAGGUGGAGCUUGCUGUGGCGCUCGAGGAGAGCACGAGGCUGACGGACGAGGCGGCGCGGGCGGCUGAGGAGCAGGCGCCGUUUGCCGCGCCGGCUGGUGCAGUCGCCGCGGCCUCCGACGCCCAGCCUGCUCCGAUGGAGACGCCAAUGAGGGAGACGCCGCCGCCGGUUGCAGUCGUCUCGCUGGCCGAUGCACGCUUCGACACGGGCCGACCGGCAGUGCCCGAGUCGUCUCUCGGCGGCGAGACUACGUGCAUAGUGUGCUUCACGCGGCCGAAGAACCACCUCGCAGUGCCGUGCGGCCACCAGUGCGCGUGUGGCCCUUGCUCUGCUAAGAUGCCCCAGUGCCCAUACUGUCGCGCACCGGUGAUGGUGUGGAUGGAUUCCUCUCGGAUCCGAUCCGUAUAA